UCCCCGGUCUCCGGCAACGAAGUCGCCGGCAAAGACGACGACGACGAUGGCCAGAUAGACAUACAUAAUAACAUAGCUAGAAGCUACAAAACAAAACAAUCUGCAGGAGGAUACCCAAAAGGAAAUCAGCGAGAGGGGGUCAAGGAUGGGUCGGUACGACGGCGGGAAGGAGGCGGCGGACACGCUGCUGGGUUACCCGCUGGUGGGCGUGUGCAUCGACAAGGACAAGAACAGCCAGAACGCGCUCAAAUGGGCCAUCGACACCAUCGUGGGCAAAGGCCAGACCAUCGUCCUCGUCCACGUCAACACCAAGGGCGUCUCCGGCGGCGUGGAGGACGCCGCCGGGUUCAAGCAGCCGACGGACCCGCACCUCAAGGACCUCUUCCUCCCGUUCCGCUGCUUCUGCACCCGCAAGGACAUCCAGUGCAAGGACGUGGUCCUGGACGACGCCGACGUGGCCAAGUCCAUCGUCGAGUUCUCCGCCCACGGCGCCAUCGAGAAGCUCGUCGUCGGCGCCUGCACCCGCGGCGGCUUCGUCCGCUUCAAGGCCGACAUCCCCACCACCAUCUGCAAGGGCGCCCCCGACUUCUGCACCGUGUAUGUCAUCAACAAGGGAAACAAGGUCUCCGCCCAGAAGAACUCCAUCCGCCAGGCGCCCCGGGUGUCCCCGCUCCGGUCGCAGAUCCAGAGCAUGAGCGCGGCCGCGGCCGCCAGGCCGCCCGAGCCCGUGCCGAUGCCGGCCGCGGCGCAGCAGCAGAGCAAGUGGUCGACGUCGUCCAGGGGCAGCGAGAAUGGGGGCGAGACGCCGAGGGUGGACAACUUCCGGUCGCCGUUUACAAGGGGAUCCAUGGGCCCGACGAGGAAGUCGUACGCUGAUCUCAGCCACAUGUCCAUGCCGGACUCGGCUGACAUCUCCUUCGUCAGCGGCGGCGGCGGAGGCGGGCGGCGCAGCAUUGAUUUUUACCAGCAGCCGCGGAUGUCCAACGGCUCGUCGAUCGACAGCUACGACCACAGCUUCGAGAUGCGGACGCCGAGCAAGUGGGGCGACUCCUUCGGCGGCGGCGGCACGGACCUGUCCUUCUCGCAGAGCAGCACCUCGUCUUUCUCCUCCAUCGGCAUGGACGACUUCGAGGCCGAGAUGAAGCGGCUCCGGCUCGAGCUCAAGCAGACCAUGGACAUGUACAGCACGGCCUGCAAGGAGGCGCUCAACGCCAAACAGAAGGCGACGGAGCUGCAGCGGUGGAAAGCGGAGGAGGAGCAGAAGAAGCAGGACCAGCACCUGACGGAGGAGUCGGCCAUGGCCAUGAUCGAUCGGGAGAAGGCCAAGGCGAAGGCGGCCAUGGAGGCGGCGGAGGCGUCGCAGCGGAUCGCGGAGCUAGAAGUCCAGAAGCGGAUCAGCGCGGAGAAGAAGCUGCUCAAGGAAGCCGAGGAGCGCAAGAACCGCGGCGUAGGCGGGGGCUCGCACGAGAUGGUCCGGUACCGGCGCUACAGCAUCGAGGAGAUCGAGCACGCCACGGAGCAUUUCAGCGACGCGCGCAAGGUGGGCGAGGGCGGCUACGGGCCCGUCUACAAAGGGCAGCUCGACCACACCCAGGUCGCCAUCAAGGUGCUCCGCCCGGACGCCGCCCAGGGCCGGUCGCAGUUCCAGCAGGAGGUGGAAGUCCUGAGCUGCAUCAGGCACCCGAACAUGGUGCUCCUCCUCGGCGCCUGCCCGGAGUACGGCUGCCUCGUCUACGAGUACAUGGCCAACGGCAGCCUCGACGACUGCCUCUUCCGCCGCAGCGGCGGGCCCGUCAUCCCGUGGCAGCACCGGUUCCGCAUUGCGUCGGAGAUCGCCACGGGCUUGCUGUUCCUGCACCAGAAGAAGCCGGAACCGCUGGUGCACCGCGACCUGAAGCCGGGGAACAUCCUGCUCGACCGGAACUACGUGAGCAAGAUCAGCGACGUCGGGCUGGCGAGGCUGGUGCCGCCGUCCGUGGCGGACACCGUGACGCAGUACCGGAUGACGUCCACGGCGGGGACCUUCUGCUACAUCGACCCGGAGUACCAGCAGACGGGGAUGCUCGGGGUGAAGUCGGACGUCUACUCGUUGGGGGUGAUGCUGCUGCAGAUCAUCACGGCAAAACCGCCCAUGGGGCUGUCGCACCACGUCGGGCGCGCCCUUGAGCGCGGGUCGUUCGGCGAAAUGCUUGACCCGGCCGUGCACGACUGGCCCGUCGAGGAGGCGCAGUGCCUCGCCGAGAUGGCGCUCCGCUGCUGCGAGCUCCGGCGGAAGGACCGCCCGGACCUGGGAAACGUCGUGCUCCCGGAGCUCAACCGCCUGCGAGCACUGGGCGAGGACAACAUGCAGUUCUGCGGCGCCAUACCGUUCCGGGGCGGCGGCGGCAUGCACAGCUCCGCCAUGUUCAGCAAUAUGCCGCCCGCGUCACACGCUCCCGAAGUCAUGAACGAUUCGCAUGAUUAUCCGAUGAGGUCGGUGUUCAGCACAAGAACGGGCGAUUCAGGUAUGCCUCCGAGAAGAUCCAACGUUUGACUGACGCAUCCAUCAACUGGCUGUGGUGUGUUCCAUUGUGUUGGUGCUGACAUGGAGGGGAGGAAUCAAGUAACAAGAUGGCACCUGUGCUGUGGAUCGUGUUCGUAUAAAAAGGGUACAAUUGGUAGCUGCCUAGCAUGAGGAUUGAGGUGAGAUGGAGCAGGUUUCACUCCAGUUAGCCCAAGAAAUGUGCAAAACUUGUCCUUGCACAAGCUGUUGCUGAUACAGAACCAUGUGCUCUGCCAUUGCAGUGUACGUCUGGUUGUAAUUUGCGAAUCUGUACAUUUUUGGGGGCAGUGGGGGAAGGUUCAGUAAUAUGGAAAUUGCUAACUAGUACUUAAGUGUUUCUUCACCAUCAAAGUACUUGAAUAUC